CUUUUUAUCACCCCCUUCGAAAAAUUAGAAACGGAACACAUAAUGGAACUAGAGCUUCAUCCGAAGUUGAAAGAGGUUGUGUUACUGGGAGGGUGUAGUGUCGAUGCCGAAAGAUACAUCGAACAUCUCCGAUGUAGCUCAAAGAUGUUCAUCACG